AUGACUGUGUUUGAUAGACUUCCCACAAAAUGCAGGCUUCUGAGUUUUGGGAUGCAUUUGGAUGGCCUUUGUAUUCUGUAUCGGAAAGAUUUGGAGACACAAGAUCACUUAUUCUUUCAGUGUGAAUUUUCUACUCAAGCUUGGGGGAGCGUUUUGCAGCUUUGUCAGACUUAUAGAGGGGUGACGAGCUGGAGCUUGGAACUUGCUUGGGUAUGUGGUGGUUUGAGGAGGAGAUCCCUUAUGUCGAUGAUCUUAAUGUUGGCUCGAAAUAGCUUGAUCUCAUUGAUAUGGAGAGAGAAGAAUGUCAAAUUGUUUAGGAACCAGGAGAGCUCUAGAACAGAGAUUGUUGCUCGCAUCAAAGAGGCUAUCAAAUUUAGAUUGAGAGGUUGA